AUGGCCACGACUCUGGAUACCCUCACAUGCCUGCUGCUGCUGCUGCAUGCCACUACUAUAUGCGUCCGCGGAGUACAGAUAACACAGCUCUUUGUGCCGGAGGAGGUACGCAAUGGCACCAGUGAAGCUGCCAUCCUAGACUGCGAGUACACUUUGACGCCGUCAGACCUUGCCACCACGUCGGGCCUUGUCGUCAAGUGGUUCUUCAACAACGGUCCGGCCCCGGUGUACCAGUGGAUCCCCGGCCAGCGACCCCAGGACCUGGGGAUACUCAAGGGUAGACUGCGGCUGGACUACCGCGCCUCUAGUCAUGAGUCUACCAUGCACCGCGCCCUCUACAUCCUCACACCCACCACAGAGCUCAGCGGAGAGUACAAGUGUUCCGUGUCCACCUUCGAGGACGAGGACUUCAUGGUCGGCAAGAUGAUUGUCAUAGCGCCAGAGAAGCACCUGUACCUGGUACAGUCCCGCACUCCCCUAGAGAGAGUCAACAUCACCUGUAGAGCCAACGGAGUGUUCCCUGAGCCCAAGAUGACGCUGUACCGAGAGGACGUCAUCACACAUGAAAUUGUUGAGGUAGCUGCCAGAGUGGAGACUAUACCACGUGAUUACCACUACGACAUAGAGGCUACAACCACGUUGCAAGACGAGUACCUGGACACGCCUACAGUGUUCUACUGUGAACUGUACAUACCGCACACCUCCUACAAGCGGAGGAAGAGUGUUACAUAUUACCCAGGCAGCGUAGAGAGCCUUUCUAGUGUAAGCAACAGAGCGGCGGCAACGCAGAGUGCGACAGUAGUGCUGGCGUCACUGGUACUGUGGCUGAGGCUCAUGUUGAGGCCAGGGGUGUUCUAG